AUUUCCCUUCAAAGGAGGGUCUGCAAGAGCGGGUGGCCCAUGCAGAGGUGAUACUACCCGAUUUCCCACGCACGGGCUGGUCCGGGACUGCAGCCCAUGAGCUGCGUUAACUAGAAACAUCCUAGAGAGGAGUGAAGAUGAGGAAUAAUAUUAGUAGGAAUAAUAACAGCAAUAAAAACAAUAUAUAUAUACUACACCUGCUGACGGCGGUAGGGCUGCCAUCAAUUGACUUUAAAAUGCAUCCAGGCUUGACGGCUUUACGUUUUGCCCUGGAGUGAGUAACACCGGGCACGCAGCAUUUAAUUUCCACAGCUUUCCCAGCACCAGAAGAACAGCGGAGCCGUUUUCCACCCCCCCCCAGCUCCGGGCCCUGCCGGGAGCGCUGGGGGGGGGGGGGGCAGGGGCUGGGUCUCUGCCCCCGCUGUCCCCUCGAUUUUUCUGCCCACUCCCCGCUCCGUGGGGGUCCACGCACGGCCCCCGCGGUCAGCCCCACGCCGGCUGAGGCGAAGCCCCGUUCCCUCACACACACCCCCCCCACCACCACCACCACCCUCAGGGGUGGGGGGCAGCCAGCCCGACCCGCGGCCCGGUUGCUUCACCGGGCAGGGUCGAAGUCCAAGCGCCGGUGCCGCGGGCCGCCCUCCCGCCACGGACACACGCUCGCAGCCCCGCGACGGAGGCGGCCGGGCCGGCGGCGAGGUGGAUGUGACAGCCAUGGCGUGGCUCUUCGGCUACGUGGACGUGACCGACUCUGGCUUCAUUGCAGCUGUCCUCUCCAUCGCCUUCAACCCGCUCUUCUGGAACGUGGUAGCCAGAUGGGAGCACAAAACGCGAGCGCUCAGCCGAGUCUUCGGCUCUCCACGUGCUGCCUGCUACUGCCUGGGCGCAGUUAUCCUGAUGCUUAACUGUGUGCGGAGCCAUUGCUUCACGGAAGCCAUGAAGAGCCAGCCAAAGCUGGAGGGCUUGGACUGCCACUGGUCCUAUUACUUGGGUUUGGCCAUCUUGGCUGUAGGGACCUUGUUUGUCAUCUCCAGCUUCUUAGCACUGGGAUUCACCGGAACAUUUCUAGGUGAUUACUUCGGCAUCCUGAUGGAGGCAAAAGUGACCAGCUUCCCCUUCAGCAUCCUGGAUAAUCCCAUGUAUUGGGGCAGCACGGCCAUCUACCUGGGCUGGUCCCUCAUGCACGCAAGCCCAGCUGGCCUUUUGCUGACAGCUGUAGUGGCAAUUUCCUACACAAUUGCAGUGCUGUAUGAGGGGCCUUUCACAGAAGAAAUAUAUCGGCAGAAACAGAAGGGAGUGAAGAACAAGUAACAACAGUGUCUCGGAUUCCUUGGCACAGCGUGUCUCUGGUCCCCACGCUGUCCAAUUUGCCUGUUUUCCUACUGAGAUGUAUCCUACUAAUUAGCCCAGCAACCCUUAAUGAGCCAACUGAGCACCCAGCAGUAUCGAAGUGAUCAGAGGAACAGCCCGAGCGUGGUGGCACCUCCUCGCUGCAGCCCCUGGGAGCUGGAGGUCCCUGCCCCCCGGAUCCUUGUCCCCAUUGCUGGGUCCCUGCACCUCCUGCCACGAAGGUGAUGCUCUCCCGGGAGCCACAUGGCACAGGAGCUCCUCACCUCUUCUCCCUCACCAAUUAUUGAAGAUCUGAAGGGGGAAAAAAGCAACCCAGCUCCAGCCCCGGACUGGAGGGCAAGCCAAGUAAUGACGGAGACACCAGGGUCCUUUCAUAAGCGAGCUCUGAGCAUGAGGAAGCUCUGGCUCUGGCUGAUCCUGAAGAUCAUCGGAAGAUGCUGCCAAAGAGCUGUGGGAAGCAAAUAAAAGCUCAGGCGAAGCAACAGAGAGGGCUCAGGAGCCCCUAAGGUGUUCAAACACGGCUGGGGAAGGAAGAGGGGAAACUGCUGCCAACUCAACAACAAAACCUGCUGCAAACCCAACAACAACCCCCCCCCGCCUCUUUUUCGGGAGAGGGAAACCUCCCUGUCCAGAGCUGCGGUUUCCCACCGGUGCAGAGCCCUGUAGCAUCGCCGCGCUAUUCGCAAAGCCUCCGAGAAGGGGUGACUGAAAAGCACGUAGACGUGAACGGACGACCUAAACCGCUGCCCCGGGGUGGGGGGCUGGAAGGAUGGCAGAGGUCCCGUGGGGAAACCCCAGCUUGGAGAGGGCCAAAGGGCAGAGUCAAUCCCCAUCCGUGCCCUGUAGCUAUCCCCUCCUUGGCCAUGUGGGUGCCCCGGCCCCCUCCACACCCACCCAGCCCCUUCUUUUCCCCAGGGCCUACAUGAGGGUCCUGUCUGCCUUCCCCACCGCCCAGUGCCUUCCAGCUAUUUUUCACUGCCUUGCAGGGGCAGUGGGUGGGAGGGAAAGGGCUGCUUCUGCCUUCUGAGCUCUGCAGCAGCCGGGUACGGAUCUGCCCUUCUGCCCCUGCCACCAGCCUCGGCGAGUCCCAAAGAGCCCGGUGCUGGAUCCUGCCCUGAACGGGAAGAUCCCAAGGGGGAUGCUCCAGUCUCAGGCUCAGUGUUUACAGAUUCCCAGAACAGUUGGAAAAAGCUGUAAAUGACAAAAAAAAAAAAAAAAAAAAAAAAAAAAAGUGCAGCGUAAAGCUGCCGGUGGUGGUGUUGGAGAAGGGAGAUGCGGUGCCACGUCUCGGCGUCUUGUUGUCCCCCCCUGCAGAGGGUCCUCCCUUUUCUCAGUGUCACCCUCUGCAAAGUCCGAUUUCCUUUGCUUCUGCAUGUUGUAAUUCACCUUUCGGGCAUUGCUCAGCAGGAAUUAAAAAUGUUGGUUUCUUUUCA